AUGGUCCGCCUCAGCUCCGCCCUCGGCCUCGCAGCCCUAGUCUCAUGCACCGUCGCCGCUCCUGCAGCGGCAACUGGCUUUCAGCGCUCGGCAAUGGAAAUGGAGAUGGAAGCUCGCGACACCGGUACAGGCUUCAGCUUCGAGACCUGGGUCAACGGCAUCAUCGCGGACCCGGAGGGAGACCAUCUCUCGCCCGCCGAGGCUGUUGCUGCUGCGCAGGACGCUGCUGUCCUGGGAAAUUGCCUAGCCCUCGAAAAGCGCAGCGGCGACCUCACAGCGCGAGAGUCAAUUAGCUGUAAUGACAGUGGGAAGCCGAAAGCCUCGCUUCAAGACGCCUCAGACGCCAUCAGCCAGCUCGCCAGGCGCGGAAACGCAAACUGUCACAUCCCCUAUGCGGGUGGCGCGUCUUUGGUCAAGUAUGGUCUCGCAGAGAUCUAUGGUGUGACGGUUAACAAACAUGGGUCGAUUUUGCCUUGGUAGGGUUCUCUUCUAUCACUUUAUCUCUCUCAUCUUCAGAGCUUCUGAAGACACUUUUUUGAGCUCAUCAUCGGUGUCCCCAUGUGUGCUUGCGCAAAUGACAGUAAUGGUACUGACUAGCUUCUAGCUCCACGUUCGCGCGCUCUGCCGGGCGGAUUCUCGAUAUCUGUGUCAAAUCUGCAACUCAAACGACGGUUCAGGGGUCGAACCAUGUCAAUGGAAACAUUCAGAUUCAUGUUUCACGUCCUUAGUUGGCGUUGGCUCUCCGAGAUGUCUUGUUUCAAAGAUGGGUGUUGCGCGAUUCUUGCGAAUAAUUGACCUGUUGGGUUAAGCUCAGAAAGCUCAACCCAUAACCAUAGAGAUUUUUGCUCAUAGUAUUUUGUCCUAGAAAGCUGUCAGCUGGGGUUAUGGUGUAAAGACGAUGGAACAGAAUAGAGGGUUAGAAGAGCUUGUGUGAUGAAAAGUAUGGCAGCCGACAUCCGUUAGAUACCGUC